UCUGUGGUUCCAUCAUUCCAAAUCAAUAAUUUUAAUUUUGUCAACUUACUCAAUCUUCAACCCAAUAGUGACACUUUAUGUAGUAACAAUUGCGUUCUGACAUCCCCUUAUUCAAUUUAUUUAAAUAAAUUAGCUGUACCGACGUAUCUAUGCAAGUUCGAUUAAUCCGUUUAGCGCACUCUACCACUGAAUAUAAAAAGCUAAGCAGAAAAUAAAAUAUGGCGAUCUACUGGAUAUUCUGUGGAGAAAACAAGGAGAUCGGUCGUUUCAAAUCUAUUUUUCGCUAUUUAACAUGAGUGACGAAGAAGAUGCCCUUCUUAACGAAGACAAGGAUCAAGAACAAAUCAGGGCGGAACUUUCAGAGAUGAGUUUCGAAGAUUUACAGAAACUUAAAGAAAAAUUGGGAACCAAAGUUUACAAUGAAGCACUGUUUGGCCCCAAAAAGGUUAGGAAAGUCGUUUUCAAACGGGUAAAUAAGAACAGACCACGAGAGAUGUCGGCGAAGAAGCCUGUGUCACGAUUUAGAGAAGUCGUGUACGUGAAAAAAAAUAUUCCCAGAGAUCCCAGGUUUGACAGCCUUUGCGGUAAUUUCGAUCAAACAAAGUUCAAAAAGGCUUACGGCUUCCUAACCGACGUGAAGCAGAACGAUUUGGAAAAGUUAAAGAAACAAUUAAAUGAAACCGAGGAUCCAAAAAUGAUAAAGAAGAUCAAAUACCUUAUUGAGAGAUUAGAAAAUCAAUUACGCGAGGAGAGAAAGAAAGGAAAACAACAGGAGAGGAUGGGCACAGAGAAGAAGGAAAUAGCAGAGAGCAUUAAACGAGGCGAGAAACCUGUAUUCAAAAAGAAAACCGAAAGACGAGUAUUGGACUUGGUUUCUCAAUACGAGGAACUGAAAAAUUCAGGCAAACUGAAGAAGCACAUUCAAAGGUUACGCAAGAAGAGUAUACACAGGGACAGACAGAAAUUGGCAUCGUCAGAAAUCGAAUGAAAACGACUGGUGUGCGUGAAAUUAAAAUUUAUAUGAAUCGAAUAUAUGUCUAGAAUGAUUACAAGUGUAAA